ACCUCCCCUAUAAUAUUCUUCAACCAAAUUUCCAAUACCUUCAACAACAGUAUCACUUCUGCAAUGAUGACCUCCCGCUAGGCAGAGUUGGAUCUCGCCAGGACUCCUCUUGCUCGUACAACAUUGCCCACUCCCGUAAACUGCUGUAUAGAUUGCACCCAAGCUCAAAGCUCCAUACCGCACUCUCCGCAAUCACUCAACAGCCACUCAACAAACACACAUAUACAAUAACGCCAUGGCCCUGAACCGAGCAGCAAGACUUAUACUGGUCGGCGCACCAGGCGCAGGCAAAGGCACCCAGACUGAGCGCAUGUUGAAGCGCUUCCCUCAAUUGGCAUCAAUUAGUUCAGGCGAUCUUUUGCGCAAAAAUGUCAGAGAACGAACCCCUCUAGGAAUACAAGCAGAGUCCAGAAUGAAAGCGGGCAAUCUCGUGCCGGACACCAUGAUUUUGCGACUCAUACUCAACGAAUUCACAACGCGCGGCUGGCUCACCGACAAUACCGUCCGACCCUACAGCGUGUACUCGAGCUCACUGGAUAUGGGCGGCGUGGACGAGACUGUCGAUUCUAUCGUGAUUCCUUCCAAGUACCGCGAAGCCAAAUACAACUAUACAGACCACCCAUCUGCAUCCUUCAUUCUUGAUGGCUUUCCUCGAACGGCGCAGCAGGCUGUCCAGAUUGAUGAGUUAAUCCCUAUCAACUUGGUGGUCAAUAUCGACACCCCCGCGGAUAUCAUUAUCGAUCGAAUCUGCAAUCGAUGGGUCCACGCGCCGUCCGGCCGAGUCUACAACACGACAUUCAAUGCGCCCAAGGUUGCCGGCAAGGACGAUGUGACGGGCGAAGCUUUGACUCGAAGAGAGGACGACGAUCCCGAGGUGUGGAAAGCUCGGCUAAGGAACUUCAAGGAAACCAGUGAGCCGCUGCUCGAGCACUACGAUAAGCAAGGCGUUUUAUGGACCGUACGUGGAAACAGCAGUGACGAGAUCACCCCUAAGAUAUUCGAGGAGUUUGGGAAACGAUUUGCAGCGGAUAUCUGAAAUUCUGGAUAUCGAACCACCGCCCAACUCUUCGCGUAAUGUGGCUAUACGAUAUUGUACCAAUAGAUCUUGUGAAACGUACGAAGACUCGAGGGGUGAAGGGUGAUAUUCAUCGAUCGAAAUAUUCUUUGCGGGCGUACAGUACUCGCAGGUGUG